GGGCAUCAGAAGCAAGUUCUCAAUGCAGAUGUCCAUCAUGGCUUGGUCCUGUCUCCUCUUAACACUCUUUAUUCAGUGCAGAGGAUCCUGGGCCCAGUCUGUGGUGACUCAGCCACCCUCAGUGUCCAGGAACCCGGGUCAAAGCCUCACCAUCUCCUGCACUGGAAACAGCAACAACAUAGGGCACAGUAAUAAUGGAAAAUAUGUAGAAUGGUACCAACAGUUCCCAGGAAUGGCCCCCAGGCUUCUUAUAUAUGAAACUACCAAGCGAUAUUCUGGGGUCCCUGAUCGCUUCUCUGGCUCCAAGUCUGGCAACACAGCCUCCUUGACCAUCACAGGGCUCCAGUCUGAGGAUGAGGCUGAUUAUUAUUGCUGUGUUGGGGAUGUUAGUCUCAAUGCUGACACAGUGCUCCAGGCCAGUGGGGAAGUGAAACAAAAACUUCCUUUUACCCCAAUGAUGAUAUAUAAUGCUUCAAGUAAAAUAGGGAUAUUACCCAUGAUCACAUCUCUGAGUUCUCAGUUACAAAAUCAUCUUCAUCAGGAAUUGGCAAAUAGAACAUUUAAUUUUGUGUCUUCCUUUAUAGGAUCCUGGGCCCAGUCUGUGGUGACUCAGCCAUCCUCAGUGUCCGGGAACCUAGGGCAGAGCAUCACCAUCUCCUGCACUGGAAACAGCAACAACAUAGGGCACAGUAAUGAAGGAAAAUAUGUAGAUUGGUACCAACAGUUCCCAGGAAUGGCCCCCAAGCUUCUUAUAUAUGAAACUACCAAGCGAUAUUCUGGGGUCCCUGAUCGCUUCUCUGGCUCCAAGUCUGGCAACACAGCCUCCUUGACCAUCACAGGGCUGCAAUCUGAGGAUGAGGCUGAAUAUUAUUGUUCUGUUUGGGAUGUUAGUCUCAGUGCUCACACAGUGCUCUAGGCCAGUGGGGAAGUGAAACAAAAACUACUUUUUGCCCCAAUGAUGAGAUCCUGGUCCCAGUCUGUGGUGACUCAGCCAUCCUCAGUGUCCAGGAACCUGGGGCAGAGCAUCACCAUCUCCUGCACUGGAAACAGCAACAACAUAGGGCAUAGUACUGCAGGAAAAUAUGUAGAAUGGUACCAACAGUUCCCAGGAAUGGCCCCUAGAAUCCUCAUAUACCAAACUACCAAGCGAUAUUCUGGGGUCCCUGAUCGCUUUCCUGGCUCCAAGUCUGGCAACACAGCCUCCUUGACCAUCACAGGGCUCCAGUCUGAGGAUGAGGCUGAUUAUUAUUGCUUUGUUGGGGAUGUUAGUCUCAGUGAUCACACAGUGCUCCAGGCCAGUGGGGAAGUGAAACAAAAACUACUUGUUACCCUGGUAAUGACUAAAUCUGUAGCUUUUUACUCUAAGCUGUGUAUUGAUUCUUCCUUAGAGAUGUAUCAUGUGUCAUAA